GUAAACUGAUAUUAUGAUAGCAUUUAAACUAUCGAUCAUAUAUCUCUUUCGGUUUGAAGAAUGUUUUUAGUAUGAAGUACGUUUUACAUAAACUAUUUACAAUCUUGAUACUGUUGCUGUUGUUGGUGACUCACGGAGGAACAGACGACAACUGCGAAGGCUAUUACGACUCAUCUGAUGAUACGUAUACUGUUUAUUUUUGUGACAAUUCCACUCAGGUCGCUGCAAUAAUUUCAGGAGUUUUUGGUGGUGUUUGUUUAUUAGUACUAAUUAUUUGCAUCUGUUGCUUAUAUAAAUAUGGAAAACGACCAGGACGCGUGGUAAAUCCAACAGCAGUUCCUACUAUAACACAAACUCAGUUUGGUGGAACCUAUGGUAACAACUUUUCACACAACACUCCCACCCAGUUUGGAACUCAGUUUACAUAUGGUCAACAGCAACAGUCUGAUCCGUAUCAGCAACAGCCUCAGCCUGAUCCGUAUGCACCACCACCAGCAUUUACUUACUAGCAUUAGACGUUGGAUAUUGCGCUGACGUGAUAGAGAUGUAUCAUGAUAAAAAAAAUCAACUUCAAAAAGAGACACUACUGAAAUAAAAUAUGUUUAUUGACUUCAAUGAAUCAAAUACUUUUUAAAAUAUUAUGUGAACUGAGUCUAUUAAUUUCAAAGUUGAACGGUAAUUGAACAUGCCGUUGUCAAAGAACAGAACAAGUAAACAAGACCGUUCUUCAUCAUCAUAGAACAGUUGAGUUUCAUCAAACAUUACGUUCUAGUCGUUAAACAACCAAUAAUCAAACUAUACGUGCCAAUAAUAUCAGCUAUGCGUUUGUAUAUUCUAGAUAUUUGAUUCAAAUCGAGCACGUACAAAAACUUUGUUAAGGGUAACUGCGAAAAAAUGUGUAAGUGUAUUUGUCAAAACUAUCUACUACAAAAACUGUUUUACUUACCGUUCUUUUUUGUUAUAUUA